AUGAUCCUACACAAUCUACACGAGUGUCACGUCGAAAAUCCACCACCAAUCGAAGAUGGUUGUCCUGCGUAUUACAGCCGCUUAGUUCGAGACCACCUUAACGAGGAAUAUCCAGACAGAUGGAUAGGGCGGGCUGACCAACCUGUCACUGAACAGCCUUCAACAGGGGAAAAUCAGAGUCUAGAGGAUCGUACAAGUUCAAAUGUGGAAGUCAUUGGGCCAUCUCAACUGGAAUCUCCCUCUAGAAGUCAGAUUAGUGGCACUGUCAAUGUAACGCCUGAUGUAGUAAGACCGUAUCCGAAAGCCGGCCCCAGGAAAUUGCAGGGCAUGAAACGGAAGAAGGGAAAAACUAGAAUAUUGACGGACACACCCGAAAAAAGACUUAUAGAAAUGGAAGAAGAAGAAAGACAAAGAAAAAAUAAGAUCAAAGAGCUCAACAAAAAUAGAAAAUGCUUCAAAAAUACAGGACAGAAAACAGUUCCGAAACUUGCUGAUGAAUUUACUUCCAAACCAGAGAAAAACAGGAAAUUUAGCAGCGAUGAUGAAAUAGAAAAUGUUUCGGUUUCUGACGAAACCGUUGUUGAAUUGGAAGAAGAUUUUGAUGAAGACGAUGUGAUCGUUCUGGAUAGAAAUUUCCAGAUCAAUAACUUUGUAUUAGUGAAAUUUGACACCAAAAAAACUGUCUACCAUUAUGUUGGAAUAAUCGAAGAUGUUAAUCAGACGAUGGCAACUGUAAAAUUUAUGAGAAGAAUCUCGCGAGAACGCGAGAAACAUGCGAGAAACGUGAAUGUGGAAGCGAUUUCUCAAGUUCUCGCGUUGUUCUCCACUUUUUGUCGGUUUUUUUGGCGCGAGACAAAGGAGCGCGAGAACGUGAGAACAGGCGAGAACGUGUAUUGA